AUGGAGGGUGCAGUGGGGGGGGGAGAGGAACUGGUCAGAGAGGCUACGAAGAGUCGGACAUAUUCUGCUCUGUGCUGCACUCUAGCUGAAGUGAAGUGGAAGGAAUUAGAUGACACUGGAGGCCGUUGUCAUUCCUCAAGUUCAAAGCAGACACUUCAAGACCGACACUUAACACAGGCGGGCAAGUAUAAAGAAGAAAAGGUGAUAUG